AUGAGUGUAAAGAAUGACGAUUAUCGAAGUGAUUAAGAGGAUUCAUCUCUUGAUUCAAUAGAUAUAAGGGAUUCAUCAGAAUCAGAAUAGUUUAAGUAGAGAAAGAAUAAAAGGUUAAAAAAGUAUUAAAAGAAUAAAAAGAAUGGAAAGAAACAAACGUAUAUAGAUUUAGAGGCAUCAGAAACAUCAGAGAAUGAUUCAGAUGAUGAAGGAGCAAAAGAGAUAACAACAAAAUAGCAAUAACAGAUAUAUAAAGAUAUGGAAUUAAAGAGAAGACAUGAGAGAAAUGUAGUAGAAGAUAUCAUGAAUAGAUACUAAAAUGGAGAUGGAUUAAAUGUAGAGGAAGUUGAGAGAUCAGAUGAUGAAAUAGAGAAGCCAGGUUUAAGAGAUCCAAAAGUAAAAUAGAUAUUUAAAUAUAAAAUAGUUUUGGCGUGUUUCAUGUAAUAAGGGUAAAGAGUAGGAAGCAGUGACAUCAAUAAUGUUUAAACAUAGUCAUUUAAUAGAUACAAAUCCAUUAGAAAUAGUAUCUGUGUUUGCAUUAAAGAAAUUUCCUGCAGCAAUAUUUUUUGAAGCCUAUUUUGAAUAACAUGUUAUGAAAGCAAUAGAAGGUUUAACUAUAGUUAGAUAAUCACCACCUGAAUUAGUUGAAUGUGAAUAGUGUCCUAAUAUGUUUAAACCAGCAGAAGUAGAAUAAAUAGAUAUAGAAGAAGGAUAAUGGGUUAGGGUUAGAUAACAUAAUAUUUAUUCUGGAGAUUUAGCUAGAGUUAUGUAAGUAGAUUAAGAGAGAAAAUUAAUUAAAUUAAAAGUAGUACCUAGAUAGAAGUUAUUAAUGAAAUCUCUUGAAGAAGAUGAAGAAAAUAAAAAAAAGAAUUCUAAAAAAAAUAAUACUAAUGCAGAUUAAUCUCGUUUCUAAAUGAAAGAAGAAGAAGGAGAACCUCCUAUUGAAGAUAAUGAACCUUUUUAAAGAGGAAGCAAAUAUAAAUUCUAAAAAAGAGCCAAAUAUCUAUAAGAAUAAAGAAAAUAUAUUCGUGGACCUAAAAUCCCAAUAUAAAUGACUAAAAAGUCUAUUAAUGAUGAUAAUGAUGAACCAACAUCUUAAUUUUUUUAUACUUCUAUAAGAGAUGAAUGGACAUCUGCUAAAAAAGAUGGAUUUGAAAUUAUUACACUUCCUGUUCAUUAAGUUUUAACUGGAAAUAUUAAACCUACAGUAGAAGAUUUAUAAUAUUUCUAUCCAGAUGUAUAAGAUUAUAGAUUGAUUCUUUAAAAAUUACAUUCUAGUUUAAAAUAAGUUGUUGAAUAAAAAUCUAAAAUAUAAAUUGGAGAUUAUAUAACACUUAAUUAAGAUUAAGCUAAACCAAAUAGAUAUAAAGUAGCUCAGAUUUUAUAAGAUGAAAAUAAACUUAUUGUUACAUAAACUGUUAAAAAUAAAAAUACAAAUGAAAAAAAGAAUUAUGAAUAUAAACUUUAAAUUAGUGAUGCUAAAUUAACAUUUAAGUUAUAUUAAUAAGUUGCAAUUGUUUCAGGCCCUAAUACUGGUUUAAGUGGAACUAUUAUUAAAAUGGAUGAUUUAAAUGCAUAAAUUUCUACAGAAGCUGGUAGAAUUGUUGAUGCAUUGAUAUCAGAUCUAUAAUCUUAAAGUAAUGUUAUCAAAAAAAUGGAUAUUGAAGAUAAUAUUGAUAUUGGAUCUACAUAAUAAAAACCUGGAUUUAAGAGAAAUGAUCUAGUUAAAUUUGGACUCAUAGAUAAUGAUAUUGGAUGUAUACUCAACAUUUCUAACAAUGAAGUUAGUAUUCUUGAUCUUACAAAUUAAAUCAAAAAUAUAAAUAAAUUGGCCAUCAAAAAUUUCAUCAAUACCAGAAACAAUGUAGUUAAAAAUAUGUAUGGUAAUGAUAUUAGAUAAUAAGAUUUAGUUGUCAUUCUUGAUGGCUUUUAUAAAAGUAAAUAUAUAUCCUCAUUUUUUAGACAAUAAAGCUACAGUACUUCAUGUAUAUAGAGAUUAUUUAUUCCUUUUUAAUGGAAAAUUUGAUAAUACUUAAGGUGUGAUAAUAGAAAAAGCUAAUAAUUGUGGUUUAGUCUCAUCUUCCAAAAAAGCAGAACCUGUUGUUAUAAAUACAACAUCUUAAAUAUCUAAUGAGGAUUGGAAAAAUCUUAGAGGAUAAAUGGUUACUAUUCGAAAAGGAUAAUGGUAAUCUUAUAGAGGUAUGGUUCAAGAAGUUAAUAGCAGAGUUGCAACCAUAUAAUUAUCAGCUAAAAAUCUUGUUGUUAAAGUGCCAUUAGAAUUCAUUAAAUCUGAUACAUCUAAUUCCCAUCUUCAAGUUGGAAAAACACCUUAACAUCAUCCAGGUAUGUCAACCAGAGUUUGGGAUGAUCUUGAAGGUGUUUAACAAUCUGUUAUGAGAGGAUAUCAAUCUCCUUAUAUAACUUAUCAAACACCUAUGCGUAAUGAUUGAAAAUAUAAC